AUGCACAAUGCGCUUCACAAGUUUGGAACAGUGGAGUCCAGUAUGUCUACCAAUUGCCCUAGCACUCCUGGCCCUGAGCCCAGUGGGGGCAAGUCGACUCUAAACGGUUAGUCGGCUGCCUGCGGACAAAUGCUAAAUUUUCAGCCAGUUGAACGUAUAGUACGCCUAGGGAGUAGCACAUCAACGGGCCGCAGCGGGUCCACUGGAUCUUCACGUAUAAGUAAAUUCUGAAAUUAUGUCCGCAAUUCCCGAUUUUGUUUAAUGCAUUUAAAGUGCUGCUAUCUAAAUAGAUGUAGUCAGCUUGAAGCCCAAUUCUUAUUUGACUACCCAAGGCGAAAAUUGUCGGCUUUGUGUGAAAAUUCAAAUAUUUGCAUUCGAACCCAUGCGAGGACUUCUCCGGGAAUCAUCUCAUCCAGCUGCAUAAGGCGGCAACAGAAAAUAGUUGGUACAUGCCUAAACGUUGCCUAGUCUCUAUGUGGAAAAUUCAGGAGAAAAAUAUUUACAUAACUGUACGACACCGAUGAUGUGACACUCGGAAACGUGUGGAUUUCAGUUGAAGUCGAUAGUACAUAGCCUGAAAGUCACCUGUGAAAGUUGGAAAGGAUUUAAACGUUUAGCGUUCGGGGGAUUUAUCAUGAGUUUCUUCGUUAAGUGCAGACAACGAUGUGGAAAAUGUUUGCUGUUCUCAAUUGUACACCAACACUGUGAACGCAAAUUUGCGAAGUUUCUUUUUUUUAAAGUGACCACUUUGAAACACUAAAGCCGAACUCAUUCAUUGUGAUGGAGUUUUCUAGCUUUCUGACACAGGUCAUUUUGAUUUUGUGACGAAAGAGCAGUUCAUUUGUGACUGAAGGAAGGGAAUCCUCCGCGUUUUAGCAGCAAUCGACAUCAAAUUUCGAACCAAACAUGAGUGGAUCGUCGAUGUAGGUGAAGUAUUUUGAAUCGCCUUGCAGGCUUGUCAUAACAGGUCAGCCACAUAACACACAUUCUCCCGAAAUACCCUUAUAAUCCAUGAAGAGCUUUUGCAUAGUGUCAGAGUUGCGAAAAUUCUCAUGGCAAAAAAUUAAGAUAACCAGUUGGCGGGUGUACGUUUGCUUUCGAUAGGAAUGGGAUAGAAGUAAAACCAUGCCAGUGAUUAGAGAAAUCAGUUAGUGUUCGUCGUAAAACACAGGUGUUAUUCUCACACCCCGCCUAUAUUUUAGGACAAACUCUAAUUGAUUUCUUCAGUCACUGGCAUGUUUUUGUUUCUACCCCGUUCCCAUAAGGCGUACUGGCCUGAGAAUAAUUUAGCGAAAACAAACGUAUAGUAGCCAGUUAUUCUUCUGAAUUUUUUUUGAAAUGUUGACGUUCAUCUGGGAAACGCUUUAUCUAGCCUAAACCAUCACACUGAAAAUUUAAAUUCUAGCAGCUUGCCUAUGGGUAAAGCUAAUCCAGCAAAAUUUUCAGCACAAGGUCGGAGUGUGUGCGUUCGCAGAUAUCACAAAAAACUGUUGUCGCAAAAUACGGACCAAUUCAGCGUCAUCUUAAUGUUCUACAUAUCGUUGACCUUAGGAACACAAUUCAUCUAAGCCAUUUAUGUUUGAGGGAGUGGGUCAUCGUGCCAGGCCUAAUCUCCCGCGCUUAGCGCCAACUUUCCCAAAGGCCUCUGUUUGAAACUUCGAGAGUAGAAAUCAGAAGCGGGGCUUAUAAAAGAAUUAAAAAUGUUGAAAUCUCGGGGAAACGUUUUCUUCAAAUGAACAAAAGCACAGUACAAGUAUCAAUUUUUCAUUUCUACCAAGUCCAUUUUGAGGAUGAGAAUGCACAACCUUCAAACUUGGAAGGCAUUCCCAGGAGUCUGCACGUAUCCCCUUGUUUAACUAGCUACCUAGUUAGUUAUUAUCUAUGCAUGAUCAAGUAAGUAUGUUGUCUUGUAAAAGUCUGAGACAGAAGCCACAACUGAGGAACUGAGAAAACAGAUGUUUACUUAGGGGUGUUUGCAGUGCACAUAAAAUUAUGUCAUGUUUUUGUAUUAUCCCUGUCUUAACUGAGAUAUUGCUAUUGUGUGUCAAUAUUGUGGAUUAUUUGCGAGAAUUCGUAUCUUUGUUGCGCAUCGAAUUUUAACCCCUAAUUACUGUAUUGGUGUGUGCUACUAGAUUUCAGAAUUGGUUAGGAAUAUAGGCACUUGUACACUAUAAAGGAGCCACUAGUGAGGUCAACACUUAGUGUUAGUGUUUUGCUUUCAAUAUUUGUAAUUAGUACAUACAGGUUGACAUCUUGAUCACAGAAUUUGUUCAGAACAGGUCAGAGAAUAAAUUUAUAAUAUUUUAAGUUGCAAGCUACUUUAUACACGUCCAUAAAACGUAAAUUUCAGAUGAAUCUACAGGGAAAGAUUCCGUGAGACGUUAUCGAACGCAACCAGAGGUCUGUUCGCAACACAUAAGUGUAUUUUGACCGCAAUUUGACUUUUAGAAUAACGAAAAUGAAUCAAUCGCAAGUGCGCAUAUGUAAGGCCCAAGUUUGUGUUACUUAUGAUAUGUAAUUUGAGCAAAGUGACAGUACAUUUGCCUUUUGUAGAAAGGGCCACUGAAAAACCAUAUCUGGCUGCCUAUAUGCGUUGUUUGGCAACGCUUCUGAAUAGCAAUGGCUCAUAUUUACCGAGAAAUUUUAUGUAUCAACCAAAGGAUCGCUUUCCUCAAAAGUGUCUUUUCCUUAAAAUAUCUUCAUCGUUAUAGUUGACCUAACUGUUAAUUGUAUACAAAGGAUACGUAUAAUUGAACUUGAUUGGAUCCCAUUUAGGAAAGGUAGAAAUAAGCGAGAUAAUUGUCGUGGUGCUUUCGAUAUUUUACCGUUUCUAACUGAGUUGUGUUCCAAAUAUCCCAGCUCAAGUAGCAAAACACGAAUUUUUAUGGCCAUUGUCCUAUAUGUGAGUCACGUUAUGGCGCGCUUUAAAAUCCAAACAGCACUUUGGAGCAGCAGUUUGAAGUAAGGACAGAAAACCUGAAGUUGGCGUCAGAAAACUGUGUCGUCCGAUAUUAUAGCCGCCUUUGGACAUGGUUAAAAGCGUUUUUGCAUUAUGGCGAUUAUGGUUCUUUGUCAGUCAUAAAUGGUAAACAACAGGAUUUUAGCCGAGUAAGAAAAACCGGAGAUUAACAAAUACAUAGUAACGCACUAGAAAACAGUGGAUGAAACAUUAAAUUAGAAAAAAAUAAGCGGCACUUAUAAAAAAUGUUCGCGUUCUUGAUAUACUGACGGGACUGCAUUAAUUUUCCACCUAACCUAAAUGCUAGUCUUACAUCUGAAGUUAAAAGAACGACUUAUUUUGAACAUGGGCACAGGUCAAUUAAUCUACUCAUUUUAAUUUCUCGGACAAGACAUAGGGGUACUGACUCCUUCCCAUGAAAUCUCCAAAAAUGACAGAUUUAAAAUAACCAUGUGCUAUGGGAUGCGGGGAGAUAACACUUGCGAGUAAAUGCAUUAGGGACUAUUUUCCCCUCACUGCUAGAAUAAUGCCGAUACAGGUGAGACGAUGAAUUUUGAUCUCACGUGAACUUGCAGGCGUCGGAUUGUAUUUGUGGAUAACUGUCCCUGUGUCAUUAGAUCACACAAGCAGAUAACUUUUGGUGCCGUACGCGCACAAGUGUAAAAUGCAGAAACAAGAUUUCGGCACACACCAUAAAAAAUACUGAUUUUACACUGAUCAAAGAACUGUGUUAUUUAAUUUGUGAAGUCGUCAAAGGACAAACUUUAAUCUAGCCAUUAAUCCUCCGCAGCUCGCGUACAACCAUCGCAUUCAUUUCCUCUAACGGUGGCUAUUGCAGGCAGUUGGAAAAUUCACAUAAAUAUUGUUGGUUUUCUAAGAGAGUUCUGUCUCUGGCAUACUUUAGUACCAUUAACAGUGAUGAGCUACAAAAAGACGAAUUCUAAGUACCAACUGCCCUGAUAUUCUCUCUUUUCUAUAAGAUUCGAAGAAAGCUUAGCUUACGUAAUCUCAUUUAGAAUCAAAGAGAACAAGUCACAGUUUGCCAUGCUAAACCCGGCCAAUACCUGAGGUAUCUGGAAAUUAAUCUUGCAAAUAUUAGUAGAUAUGUGAACCUAUAACUACCUUAUUUGUCAGGCUUCCAAUGCACAUCUGUCCUCUGAAUACGCCCCUAUUCUAGUGCCUUCAUAUCUUGGAAUAACAAUGCUGCUCCUUACAAGGAUGGUAAAACUUGGAACUCCUUUAUAUAUUUUUUACGUUAAUGUGUCUUAGCCACCCUAUUACAUUCUCUCUAAAGUAACUUUUGACAAGAUUAAUUAUACGCAAUUAUAAGCAAGCGUAAUUAACUUGGUGACUGGUGAAGUAUUACGGGCUUGACACCGCUGAACACUCUGCUCCGAAACCUGUCUUUGACUUAUGUGUUUUCUUUGUUCUCAUGGAUCUUGUUUUCUGUCAAGAAAGGUCUAUUACAAAAAACUAAGUUGACUGUGGAAAGAUUGGUUUUGAAAUCGCCAAUAAAGACGAUCAGCUAUCCACUGGUUCAACCACACUUUACGAACCAUAACUUAUUAAGUACUUGUCCGAAAUAUUUUGAAAGUAGGUCUUAAAUUUACUACUUUCCAGGUAGUCAUUUUAUUACUUAAGCUCGAAGCGCAAGCAACGUCAGAACAUUUCAAUGACUUCUAUUAUUAUGCUUACAGUUGGGAACCUGUCAGGAAUUCAAUAACAAUCACAGGCAUAUCUUACAAUUAUUAGAUAUCUAGCAGUAUUUGUACAAAUGCAUGCACAAUAAGGUUCUGCACCGAAGUAUCAGAGUAUACUGGGGGGAGGGGGGGGGGGUGAAAGUCGACCUUUUCAUCGCUAGUGUGUCGUAAUGCGAAAAUCUCAAGCCCAUCAAUCCGGCGUAUCUGCAGGUCAGGUAACAACGCCCAGGGAGCAGGACUAUUACUCUGGGUGCAGAUAGCCCAACUCACAACCGACGGUUCACUGGUUAGGUCGUGCGAAUUGUGGUUCCCUGACCCUCAGUUAAUCCACAAGCGCAGUCAGCUCUCCUUUCCUAUUUAUGGCACGGACUCUGUGGGACAGGGUUAUUAGCCCACUAGUAAGCUCGCGAGCUAUCGAUGCUUAAAAGUUCAGUUAUAAUAAGCCAAAUUUCCGAGUUAUUGAUGGGCCUAUCAACAUCAUCGCCGACUAAAUUGAGAUCAUUGACAAUUAAGCCAUUACUAUAUCAAGUACGAAUAUCUGUAAUUAAUACAGUAGAUCUCCGAUAAAUUAAUAAUCACCUCCCAUAAAUACUGCAUAAAACGUUCGCCAACGUUUAUUUUCUGUUUCUUAUUAUCUGUCGAGGGUUUCGAGGGAAGCCGAAACGUCAGGCAAGCAAACUCAUUUUAUGCUCCAUUCCCCAAAUUUUUCCAUUGAUACUUAGAAUCGCUGAAGCAGUGCGCACAACCUGCGCCAACAUCGGAGGUGGUUUGGAGUAAUUCAACGAUCGCGAUCUUGUUAGGGGCGGGUUGGUUUGACAUAUUGUCUAUUUAAAGUUAACUCAUGUCUGGUAGGACUUGUAAAGGCCGCCUCACGCGCCGACCUGUAAUCUAUCACGCAAAGUUAUAGACGCUGGGACCAUCCGGGAUUGUUUGUUUCGUCCCGCGUAAAAGAGACAUGUGGAGAAAAGUCCUCUUAUAUCCAUAGAAGCGCUGCCGAGUGCGAAUUAUUUCAAAUCACGGAAACGGUCGAGCACGAUUUGACUCACGUAUUCCUGCGAAUGUUUGCUCUUGCAUGAAGGUUAACGCACUGACCAAUGCCCUGGGAUUCACCUCAUCCAUCCAAUGACACAAAUUUAAUGGCUUAGCAGAGUUUUGUUUGAUCGAAUCCGCCCUUCUUUUAUUCUCAGUAUAGUUGUCCAGAACGUUGCAUGUUAUCUGUUCUUUCCAAUGGCUCGCUUUCUUCAAUUUGACUCCUACCUAACGUUGGUCAUAAUUCUCCCUUUCCUUCAGUUGCAUGCACAGAGUGGCACCUUGAGCGUAGACUGUUUAUCUGUCAUUCUGCAGCGCGGAAAUCAUAGUUCUUGUGGUAGUUUUUUCGAAUAACGUCAUGCUAACGAUUCGCGGAACAAAUAGUAAACUCCCAACAUUCUGGAACCUCUUAUUUCCCAAACAUAAUCUCAGAACAUCAACUGACAUUGAAAUAAGAUGCAUUUUUUUUAGAUUGCGCAUAAGUGGCCAUAGCGUAGUUUGUUUUGCCGAAAACGUAUUUCAAUUUGUCUAACAAAAAGGUUCCUUAUAACGAUAACACAUAUGUGGAAUACGCUUUUGAUCGCGAACGAUCGAUUACUGACAUUAGUAUUCCUUGCGAUUAAACUGAGCUGAAGGCUGUGAGGUCGUGCAUUUUGCGACAGAAAGCGAAAUAUAAAGUUGCGAAAAUUCCCAUUGUAAAAUUCAAAAGGCAAUUUGGCGAGCAUAAGUCUGAUUUCGAUUAAUUCCCGUCAGGUCUGUACAUUUAUAUGGCUAUUGAAGUAAUGAAUUAAAAGAUACGGGCAGGUAGAGAAUUAAGCUGUAGCUCAGGUUUGCGAAGGGAAGGGGAGGGGAAGAGUGAAACACCACAAUUCCAGUGAGCGCCAGGGAAAAGGUUGAUCCCGACAAAGGUAAUUACAUGCAGGUGGCUGGUUUGGUGGCUUUGAACCAUGGCAACUGUGGAACCUGUAUGAAGUUCUUCUGCGCGCAUAGGACCGGUCAGCGUAGCCUGGUGCAGCCGCCUUUGCCGUAGCCAACAAGGGCUGCCCAAGUAGUUUUGGAUAGUUUUAUGGGACCUUGUAAUUCACUCUGAAGGCCUCUCUGGCGUCUACACGGUCGUCUGUGUCUACCAUGUGCGCGAUGAUCGAGCUAUUGAUGUUCUUUACUUGACCCUUUUUAAACCAUGCUGGAAGCUGUCCUUUUAUUCUUUUGGAUAAACGCCGGCUCGUGCGAACAAUAUAUUCUGCCCCACAGGAGUAGGUGAAGAAGUAAAUAAGCAUAGAGCUGGAUUGAGCUGGUAGUUUGUCCUUGUCCUCUCCGUAUAGGAUGGGACUGGUGGAGAACAGUACACGCGUGUCAGCUGCUGGAAAGGUCUCUGACACAGCUUGAGUUAGGAAUCUUCUUAAAAGUUCACUUAGUGCAUCCCCUUGAAAUGGGACCCUGAUGAAAAGCCUUUUGUUUCCUGUCUUCAGUGUCGGUGGCUUUUGUGGUCUUUCGGCCAUGUCCUUAGCAAUGAAUCGAUCAGGAUGGCCGUUCUGGCGGAAAAGGCUUUCGAUUAUUUUAAGCUCCUUGUUGACGCUAUCAGCUGAGCAGAUUCUUCUCACUCUUUCUGUCAAACAGCGGAAUAAAUUACGGUUAACGUUUAGCGGUACGAAACUCCCAAAAUGGGUGUAUUGUCCGGACCAAGUUUUCUUACGAUAGACGCUACGUUCAAUGCUGCCGUCAGGCCUUCUACUCAAUAGCACAUCCAGGAAGGGAAGUGAACCAGACUGUUCUUCUUCCAGAGUGAAUUUUAUUGAUGGGUACGCCUGAUUUUUGUCAUCCGGUAGAAUUAAGAUGUUACUUUGUUUCUGUGCAAUUGCGAAGAUAUCAUCCACGUACGGCCCAUAGUAUCUUAAACUGUUUAUCAGGGGAUGUAGCUGGAAAGCUUCUGACUUUCCAAGUAAUAUAUUCGCCAAAAGGGGGCCAAGGAGCGAGCCCAUAGGUACGCUCUCCAUCUGCUUAUAUAGAUUUUUGUCUAAUAGGAACUGCACGUUCAAGGUACACCUUUAUAACAAUUCCUUGAGGGCAUUCACUGGCAUUCCUAUAUCAUGUUGAUUCUCGGUAAUGAAAUUGCAAAGGUAGUUGACCGUUUCCGUUAUCGGUACGUUCGUGAAAAGGGAUGAGACAUCCAACGAAAACAUGACCAUUUCGCUCAGAUCGAGAUCUUUCACGCCGUUAAUGGAUUCAAAGGUAUCUCUAUAUCUAUGUGGCGCUAGUUGAUACCUCAGAGGUUUAGGUUUCUCAGCCAGCCAUUCCGCUAUUGCAUGGUGCGGCAAGCUCCUCAUAUGGAGGAUUAGACGAACCGGUGCGCCAUCUUUAUGGAUCUUCGGCAAACACUAUAAUCUAGAUAUCUGCGUACCGACGGGUUGGAGGCGCUCUAGGUCGUGUUCGCUUAUGCAACCAUCCGCCUGAAGUCUUUUCAAGCAGUCAGUGAGUUGCGCUUCAAUCUCAUCUGUACGGUCCUUCUCCAUCUCCGUCUUUCUGAACUUUUCCUGAUCCGACAGAACUGACCGUAUUUCUGUAAUAUAGUUUACCCUGUCUAUCAAAACAACUCCAGUUCCUUGAUUUGGCCUAGUUAUCAGAACGUCUUUGUUCUGCCGGAGUUGCUUUAACUUCUCAAUGCGUGACUUCGUCAGCAAGCCCCGAUAUUUCUGACGACUGUUCAGGUAUUGAUAAGAGCAAUUGAUUAACGUAGACCUAAGAUGUUGUACGCUCGCUGUCGAAACUGACUGAAGGUCAUGUGUUCGAUUCAAGAGGUUCUCGAAUUGCGUUUCUAACUCCAGCUGGAUGGGUUCCUGGCGAGGACAGCAAAACUUAGGACCAAGCGAUAAGGCUUCACUCGAUGUUUUAUCGAGAGAUAUGGACGAAUAAUUGUGCACGUACCGACUUGGAUCUUCGGGAAUCUUAGAUUGUGAAUUGCCCUCAUGAAUACUCCGACGAAGUGAAGCCCUCUUGAUUUAUCCACGCCUGUCCGAAACGGAUUGUACAUAAUUCUCGAAUUUCUGUCGCUUAUCUUCGCCAAGUUGAUUGAGUAUGGCUGCCCCUUGACACACUUGACGACGCAGCUCUUCCACCUUUACACGCGUGCUAUGUAGUUCCUUUUCGGCGUAUCCUUUCAAGGCAUCAAAAUAUAAGGUCACCGAUAAAUUUCACCCACUUUGACUGGACGCCUUAACAAACGUUAACUCUGUCUUGGACGGCAAUAAGGGGCAUUUUGUAAGGAGAUUUAUUAGAAAACUUAGUUUUCUAAAUUAUUUUAAGGAGGGACGUGCGUAUAUUGAUUUGUGUACGGAGUCAUUUCCGUUUGAAGUUUUUAACUAAUAGUUUCCUUCAGUGAAUUAAAAGUGCAGUAAUGGAACUCAGGUAGUCCUAGACCGAAAAUGGAGUCGUAAAACCGAGCACCAAAUCAUGUUAAGGAAUACCCGGUAGUUCUUCCUUCGCAAAAAGUGCCCAUUCAAAAUAAUAGAUCCCUGUUUUUUUAUCAAGUUGGACAAUGGAUCGUUUCUUCAUUGAAACUUAAAGGAGACUUUCGACCGAAGAGCUUCUCAGAGCACAAAGCGUUAUCAGUAUGACGAGCUUCACACAAGCCUAUAAAAACUCGAACUGCUAGAAGCGCAUGUGAGGCAGAAGCGACAAGGAGAGGAGAUCCGAGCGACCGUAAGUUAAAUUAUCGGCCUCCACGGUAGCAACAAGCCUUUGGAGGUCCAGGGUAGGCUGACACGAACCCUACGGUGUUUAACGGCGUUUCUGACUGCACUGGCAAAUAGCUGAUCAGCGGCCAUCUGUCUCAGGCUAGAGGAUAGUUGUCGCCCCACCCUCUGACAAGAUUCUGUGCCUGCGACCGACGUCAAAGGCAAGGGUGUAGGCGGAAGGUUGUAGGCGGCUUUCGCUCUUCGUGCAAUUAUCGUCCACGUUUAUACUGGCGGUAAUGACCACACCCCCCCUCUCCGCCUUGGUAGUGCCAUCGCUCUGUGUCGUCUGCCCCGGCCUCCGUGACCCCGUUAGUUGAGGGUGCGCCUGUAAGGUCGCGUUCGCCGCGGGGAGGAUCAGAUGGUGUUCGGUGCAAAGAGCCAGUUUUGGGGUGUGUAAAAGACUCGGGAUCCAAAGAAGGAGAACGAAGUUGAAAAUGUCAUCAAAAGCUACGCCUUGGACUUCGAGUAAAGCAUGUUGGUCAUGAGUCGCCAGAUUCAGCCCAAAAAGCUCUAUUAAGCUUUGGGCUAAAUUCUGUUCUAUUCAGAGGAUUCAUCGCACAAUUUCUAUACUUGUCAGUCUACUAUUAGCAUGUUUUGCAAAUUGUGAGUACCUUAUUUAUACUCUCAACGUGGCCGGACACCUGUUUUGCCAGCUUUUGUGUGAUAUCACUCGGUCGUCAUAAGUGGGUCUCCUAAUGCCUUCCAAGUACUCUCAUUUUCAUACUCCCGUUUUCAAGAGGAAAUUUGCAAUUACGUCCGGAAGUAGUCUGCAUACUCCAAGUGAGCAAGUAAAAACGCGAAGUGUUGAAUUCGUCACGGAAUAGAACUACAAUUACAGAGUUUAUCAUCAGAAACAAAGCAGUUCCUAAUACUGACACUUCAGGGUCUAGCAAUAUCUGUAACAAAUUUUGUCAGGUCGAUUUGAAUUCGGCGUAAGCGAAACCAUUGCCUUCAGUUUUGGCGACGAAUUGUAAAUAUUGCAGUGUCCUAUCUCGUUGUAGUAUCCAUAACUCACGAGUGUAGGACCACUGUUUCCACAGAAGCACCGUUAUUUUGCUGAGUCUGACCCGUUUCUUCCAUGUAAUAAAGCAAGAGGUACUCGACUAGAGGGGGGGGGUGGCGGCAUGUCGGUUAUCGAACCAUUUGGUCUAAAACUCGGUGUCCGCGAUGAACCCUGAAGUUAUUGCGGCACCUCUUCCGAGAACCUUCGCACUGCCGAAAUCGGUGUUGUUUCCACUCAUCAUAUAAAAACAUCGGGAAAGUUAAACCAUUGCGAUUUUGCCUUCUUAUAUUUCUACAGUCGUUUUAGAGCCCCCGCCUGCGCAGUUUAUCCGAAGACAACGGUUAAGUUCUCCCAAUAAUCUGGAAGUAUCAAAGCUGUAGCAAACGGCGGCGUAGUCACUCGCAUUCCCAAACGCGUAAGCAGCCAUUGCGAGGCCCUUUCACACCAGGGGAGCCCUGCCCAGCUUACUUUCAGUAGCACGCGAACGGCAACUUUUAUGGAAAUGUGAGGUUUUUUGUGAAUUCCUCAUUCUCCGCAUAUUGGGAAGAUACCGGAAAUACUACUGUUUGUAAACUCGUGCGUGGGCCGUAGCGCGCUGGGUUGCCUUCUCUCUGCACCCACCUCUGUCGUAGACCGAAUACUGGGAUAAACAAGGUUCAGAGGUGUGAGGUUAUCGAGCACAGAAUGGAGAAUUUGGUUGAGCAAAAGUCUGCGACUAAGGCACGAAUCUAUCGUCAGUUAUUAAAGCGAAGAAAUCUGCGGAGUUCCAUCUGAUGCACUUUUAAUAGGACACAAUUUUCAGUUUAGCUGCAUGACUGAUAAAUGUCCCAACCACCAAUAAAUUAUCACGCUGCAUAUCUACUAGUGUUGAGAACACUAUAAUUAGUGACUUGGGCGUGGCCCUUUAGAAAACGAUCCGUCCAGUUGAGAAAAGGCGAUGUUUUAUUAGGUGUUCAUGGAAUGCAGGCUCUUUAAUUUUUUUACUUAGAGGAUUCUGUGCCGCUCUAGGUUAUUUAGCACGUUUUCAUCAGCCCUCUGAUAUCCAGCGUUUUAAAGGUCUUAAUAAAGUGGUUCUCAUUUGAAAACAGGAUAAUGAUAUCACUGUCUGCGCAUAAAGUCUCAAGUACUUAGCAACGGUGUUCCGUAAUGGUUUCUCCGCUGGGUUGUUCGUAAUCUAAACAGUAAGGCCAUUGGACUGUCGUAGAAUGCUCGGUCUCAGAGCUUUCAGCAUGAUCUAACGAGGAAUUCGGAGAGGAUAUAAAUUCUGCAAACCAUUAGUAAAAACAUCUUGGUGACCCCUCCUGACUUUCCAGUUACUCGCUUUGGCACUCUCAGUUUAAGAUAAUAAAGAAAGUUGUAAAAUAUCGCCAAACGUUGGCUGUCCACUGUCAAGGUUCAUAGAUGGUAGGCCGGCAAAUUCAAAACGAGUUGGCGGCGACCAAAAGGUUAAUCACAUCAAAGUCAUCGUGAACUUACGUAGAAUGAAACUUAGUGUCAUUACUCUGGGUUAUGUUGAAAAAGAGUACUGAUAAUGUCUCCAAAAUCAAUAAACCAACUUUUUUAAUGCAGGCGGUUAGAAACGCUAGUACCUUUUGAGCAUCUGUCUCUUUUUCAUAUGUUAUAGUUGGAGAGCUGCAACACUAGCGAGCAUUCUUCGUGUCGUUUUUUCGUGUUUCGAAACUUAUUACGUGAAUGGCCAACAGGCGAGACCUAAUUGAGUCGCCAGCAGAACCCAUCAAACAUAUUAUCUCUCAGGGCUUUCCCUCCGGCCAAUCAUUUUAUCCGCUGGUCAGGCACCUGUCCACACAUAAAUAUUCCCUCAUUUAUCUGUUUGGUUUCCAAGAGCGCAAAAAGGCAGACGUUUGGUGUUAGCCUUCAAAAACGAUCAAAAGAAUACCUGACCGGACAGCCUCCAAGUUGAUAAUAAAAAGGGCCUUACAUCAUGGACAACAGUUAAUGCGUCAGUAACUGUAUGGCGUUUACUUGAGUCUUUUUAUUUCCGAAAAACCGAAAAUCAGCACCUCUGACCGAAAUAACUCAUAUCUUGUAAGCCAUGCUCAUUACGAAUGUGGUUUACCGAUAAGAUCCAGUUGACUCGUUAACAGUAUUGUCGGACCAAAGUUUCAUCUUCACGUCCAUAACUGCCGGCGUUUCUCUUUCAAAGAUAAGUGUAUAAGUGAGGAAGGAGAAGAAGAGGAGGAAGGAGGAGAAGAAGAAGAAGAAGAAGAAGAAGAAAAAGAAAAAGAAGAAUAAGAAGAAAAAGAAGAAGAAGAAGAAGAAGAAGAAGAAGAAGAAGAAGAAGAAGAAGAAGAAGAAGAAGAAGAAGAAGAAGAAGAAGAAGAAGAAGAAGAAGAAGAAGGGUGAUCGACCGCCAGAACACUGUUUGUUGUGCUGA